AUGCUGCCGCUCGGGCUGCUGCUUCUGCUGGUCCUGCUGACCGGUGCCCGCCUGCUGUGGGGCCAGUGGGGGCUCAGGAGCCCCCGCCUCCCCCCUCUCGCCCCUGGCUUCCUGCACCUGCGGCAGCCUGGCCUCCCCAUCUAUCUGCUUACCCUGACUCAGAAGCUCGGGCCUAUUUACCGACUGCGGCUCGGGCUCCAAGAUGUGGUGGUGCUGAACUCUAGGAGGUCCAUCGAGGAGGCCAUGGUCAAGAAGCGGGAGGACUUUGCCGGCAGACCCCAGAACCCAUCUUACAGGAUGAUGCCACACAUCUCUGAGGACCUAGCGCUUGGGGACUACUCCCCGCUCUGGAAGGCCCACAAGAAGCUCACCCGCUCGGCCCUGCUGCUGUCUAUGCGCAACUCUGCGGAAGUCCUGGUGGAGCAGCUGGCGCAGGAGUUCUGUGAGCGCAUGCGAGCCCAGGCGGGCGCCCCUGUGGACAUCCAGGAGGGGUUCUCUCUCCUGACCUGCAGCAUCAUCUGUUACCUCACCUUUGGAGUCAAGGAGGAUAGCUUAUCACAUGCCUUUCACAGCAGUGUUCAGGACUUGAUGAAAACCUGGGACCACUGGUCCAUCCAAAUUGUGGACAUCUUUCCUUUUCUCAGGUUCUUCCCCAUCCCGGGCUUCCGGAGGCUGAAGCAGGCCAUGGAGAACAGGGAGCGGCUUGUAGAAAGGCAGCUGAGGAAGCACAAGAAGAGCAUGGUGGCAGGCCAGUGGAGGGACUUGAUGGACUACAUGCUGCAGGGCAUAGGGGAACGGCGGGAGGAGAGAGGCCUGGGGCACCUUCACGAGGGGCACGUGCACAUGUCUGUGGUGGACCUUUUCAUCGGUGGCACGGAGACCACAUCGCUCACCCUGUCCUGGACUGUGCUGUUCUUGCUUCACCACCCUGAGAUUCAGCAGCGACUGCAGGAAGAGGUGGAUGGAGAGCUGGGCCCCAGCGCCUCGGGCUCCGGCAUCCCUUACAAGGACCGCGCACGGCUGCCCUUACUCAAUGCCACCAUUGCAGAGGUGCUGCGCCUGCGGCCUGUGGUGCCCCUGGCCUUGCCACACUGCGCUACGCGGUCCAGCAGUAUCCUCGGCUAUGACAUCCCCAAGGGCACGGUCAUCAUCCCCAACCUCCAAGGUGCCCACCUGGACGCGUCUGUCUGGGAGCAGCCGCAUGAGUUCCGGCCAGAUCGCUUUCUGGACCCUGACGCGAGCCCCAACUCGCUGGCCUUUGGCUGUGGGCCUCGCGUGUGCCUGGGGGAGUCGCUGGCACGCUUGGAGCUCUUUGUGGUUCUGGUGAAACUGCUCCAGGCCUUCACGCUGCUGCCAGCCGAGGGCACCCUGCCCUCCCUGCAGCCCCAGCCCCACUGCUGCACCAACCUCAAGAUGGAGCCUUUCCAGGUGCGGCUGCAGCCCAGGGUGCGGGGGCCCCAGGCCUAG